AUGAAGUUCGCAGAACAUCUACAGGCUCACAUCACGCCAGAAUGGCGGAAACAGUACAUCAACUACGAGGACAUGAAAGAGAUGCUCUACAAAAUCGUAGAAGAAGCACCGUCAAUAGAGUCCACGGACCCCGAAAACCUGCACCGCCGUUUCAUUCAAUUCGACGAACACUUUUUGCAGUAUUGCGAAAAGGAACUGGCUAAAAUUAAUGUUUUCUACUCCGAAAAACUUGCCGAAGCAAUGCGUAAGUUUUCAACUUUAAAGAAUGAGCUUGACUUGCUUUCUUCCACUGCAAUAAAAAUGAAAGAUUAUGGUAAAAAGUCUGAUUCCAAUAAACUGAACUUACCUCAACGCAAAGUGCAAGAGCUCAAAUUAGCUUUCAGCGAGUUUUAUUUGAGCUUAAUACUUUUGCAGAAUUACCAAAAUUUAAACUAUACAGGUUUUAAAAAAAUUUUGAAAAAACAUGAUAAGUUGAUGAAUAAAGAAAGUGGUGCAAAGUGGCGUCAAGAGCAAGUAGAAAUAUCUCAUUUUUAUACAAAUAAAGACAUAUUACGUUUAAUUAAUGAAACUGAACAUACUGUUACUCACGAUCUGGAGUCUGGUGAUCGUCAAAAAGCUAUGAAAAGACUUAGAGUUCCACCUUUGGGCGAAACACAAAGUCCUUGGACCACUUUUAAAGUGGGACUAUACUUAGGAUGUCUUAUUGUUUUGCUAGUUGCAAUUUUCAUUUCUGCUACUUUUGAAAAAAAUACCAACAUUAAACAAGCAUUCCGUUUAUAUCGUGGACCAUUCCUUAUAAUAGAGUUCCUUUUUUUGAUGGGCAUUAAUGUUUAUGGAUGGCGAUCUUCUGGUGUUAAUCAUGUUUUGAUAUUCGAAUUGGAUCCAAGAAAGCAUGUCACUGAACAACACAUGUUUGAAAUUGCAGGAAUUCUUGGUGUUGUGUGUGCUCUUAGUAUUUUAGGUUAUUUAUACUCUGAUGCUCUGAGUAUACCUGCAUAUAUUAAUCCAUUGUCCUUAAUAAUUUUAUUUACACUGCUCAUGAUUAACCCAAUUAAGAUAUUUUACUUUGAAGCAAGAUUUUGGCUGUUACGUAUAGUAUGGCGAAUGGCGUGUGCUCCAUUUUAUUAUGUUGGAUUUGCUGACUUUUGGCUCGCAGAUCAAUUGAACAGUUUGGUAACUGUUCUGCUCGAUGCUCACUAUUUGGUUUGCUUUUACAUUUACAAUAACAAUUGGUAUCAAACUUCAGAGGUUAAAUUUAAUGUUGAAGAAUAUUUUAUUUCAAAAAUGAUAGUCAAUUGUAUUCCUGCUUGGAUCCGGUUUGCUCAAUGUAUUAGACGUUACAGGGAUACUGGUGAAACAUUUCCACAUUUAGCUAAUGCCGGGAAGUAUUCAACAACAUUUUUUGUUGUGUUUGCAAGAACAUUGUUGAAACAAACAAAAAGUAACUAUACAAGUAGUUAUGACAAUCCAUUCUUUUUUUUUUGGAUCAUAUGUUCUGUGAUAAGUUCGAUUUAUACAUACACCUGGGAUGUAAAAAUGGACUGGGGAUUAUUCAAUAACAAUUCUGGAGAAUAUACAUUCUUAAGAGAAGAGAUUGUAUAUGAUAAUACAGGUUAUUAUUAUUUCGCAAUUGUUGAAGACCUCGUGAUUAGAUUAUUAUGGGUUCCACAAUACUUACUUACAAGUCAUGGUAUUUUAUCUACUGAAAUGGCUAAUUCUUUAGUAUCACCACUUGAAGUCUUUAGACGAUUUGUAUGGAAUUUCUUCCGCUUAGAAAAUGAACAUCUAAACAAUUGUGGUAAGUUCCGAGCAGUAAGAGACAUAUCAAUAGCACCAAUUGAUUUCUCUGACUCUGCUCAAAUUGUUCGCAUGAUGGAUGAAGAGUUGGGUGUGACAAACAGACGGAAACGUAAGCUUCUUCCAACAAAGAAAACUACAAAAGAAGAUAAAUUGCAGUUAGUUACCGACCAGAAUUCAUAUUCCUUGGAUUUAACUGAAUAA